AAUAGUAUGCCUAAAAAAGGGGUGCCCAAGCCAAGAUUUCUAUGUGAUUAGCCCAAUAUAAUCCAGGCCUCGUCUGGUACUCCGCGCUUUCAAGCGCUUCCUGGUUUGCGACCGAGCUCUGCUCACACAGACACGCACUCAGGACUCAACAGCAUUUCAUUUGCAGUGACAAAGCACACAAAAAUGGCAACCACCUCUCGCUCAUUGUACCGCACACUGUGCCUGCGGUCGUUCUCCACAAACACAAAGCCAACGCAUCACAAUAGCCACCAGCAGAACCACCAGUACACGGAACCCAAUUCCUUCAUUGGGUGUUGGGAGGCCCCGAAGGACCCCAAGGAGGCGGAGGCCAAGCUUGCACAGCUCCGCCGAGACUAUGCCAAGCAGGUCAAGGAGGUCUGCAAGGAGUACAUCAAGGAGGUCGAGCUCAUGAGGCUUGAUAAGCUUCGCAAGGACGAGGCUCGUAAAGAAGCCCUUAGGCUUCAGAACGAGGAGCGCAAGAGGCUCAAGGUGGAGGCUGCAAAGGUCCGCGCCCAACAGCGCGAGGUUGCCGAGCAGGAGUUCCGGCAAACGCUGUUGAAAGAAAGAGCAGAGAAGCUUGAGAAUUGGAAGAUGAAGGAAAAACUGAAAAAAGAGAUGAAAAAAGACGAGAAAGAACUUCUGCGACACAAGAGUUCCAUGUGGAUCGAUGAACAAGAACUGGAAAAGAAGAUUUUAGAAGCCAUCGUUGAUACCACACCCCUUUGAGUCUAUUUCAUUUCCAAACUGUCCAAGCGCUGUCAUCUUGUAGUUUCACCGUAUAGACAAGAUAUUCGGGACUCGGUAUGUUUUGUACCGAGUCCUCAUUUUUGACAAAAUUUGUAUGCUUAUGCUCAAAACUUUGGAAGGUACUUAAUAAUAUCUGAAAGGAUUGUGAUC